AUGGAACCAGCGUUUACCUCCGGCAUUCAUCAAGUUAUUGAUAUCAACAGAUUCAGCACAUACCAGACGCUAUUACGUGUAACAGCAUACGUCAUGAGAUUUAUACAUAACUGUAGACAUUCUAGCAGACGACUUGAACCCUUGUCCUACAGUGAACUUACACAUGCAGAGAGAACAUGGCUUUUAAACUGUCAAACCAUUACUUACCAGGAAGAAAUCAUCAACAUGAGAUCGAGUAAAUCACGCUCAGAACUUGUCAAGCAACUAAGAUUAUUCAUCGACAAUGAUGGUGGAGUCCGCUGUGGAGGUAGAAUUCAUAACGCGCCGCUGGCCGAGAGUUCGAAAUUUCCUUACCUGUUACCAUCAAGGCAUCCCUUGACCCAUUUGAUUGUUCUUGACUGCCACCAGAGAGUGUUACAUGCGGGCGUUGAUUCUACUAUCACUUACAUUCGCCAGAAGUUCUGGAUCCCAGCCAUUCGUCAAUGUGUAAAGACGAUCAUUCGAAAAUGUGUCACGUGCAGAAAGGUAACUGGGAAGUCAUAUGCAUCCCCUGAUCCACCUCCCUUACCCAGAUGUAGAGUAGAAGAUACAGUACCGUUCACAGUAACAGGUGUCGACUUCACAGGCGCACUGUACGUCAGAAGUAAGAAUGAAACUGAAGAAAAGGCAUAUAUUUGUUUAUUUACAUGUGCAUCCACACGAGCGGUUCACUUAGAAGUCGUCCGAGAUUUAUCCGAAGAAUCCUUUCUUCAAGCAUUUAGGAGAUUCACCAGCCGGAAAUCUCUACCACACGUCAUGAUCUCCGACAACGCUUCAACAUUCAUGGCUGCUUCUAACCAUAUAAGACGUCUGUUCGAGUCGCGGAAAGUACAAGAUGCCCUUACCAGUCAAGGUACCACGUGGAAGUUCAUACCCAAGCGCGCUCCAUGGUUUGGCGGCUGGGUGGAGAGAUUAAUCGGGCUCACCAAGACAGCACUGAAGAAGACUCUUGGUCGUUCUUACGUUAACUUCGACAUGCUACAGACGGUAGUUACCGAAAUAGAAGCUGUUUUGAAUGACCGGCCACUAACGUACGUCUCUUCCGGUAUGAAUCCAGAACCACUCACACCAGCACAUCUUCUAUAUGGCAGACGCAUUAUAACAUUACCAUAUCACGACCCUAAAGAUGAAACAGUCCCAAGUUCAAUCCUUGUUGGACACCGUAACAUUAAUAAACAAGCCAAGAUCCAGAUAAAACUGAUAAACAACUUCCGGAAACGAUGGAGACACGAAUAUCUUACUGCUAUCCGAGAGCAACAUCGUACAUCAGGGCGGAACAAACAAUCCAUAGCGGUAGGCGACGUUGUACAAGUUCAUGAUGAAAUUCCACGUGCACAAUGGAAGUUGGCAGUCAUAGAAGAACUCGUGCCCGGUAGAGAUGGACUGGUUCGGUCAGCGAAAAUUAGAACAGACAAUGGUACUACUAAUAGACCAAUAGUAAAACUCUACCCUUUGGAAGUUACAGAACUGUAG